CCCGUUGGCUCACAUAAACGUCUCACUAAUUCAUCAAGACACUAUGGAGGUACCCAAAACAGGUUUCCCAGCACCACCGUACCCCGGUCCCCCUUUGGACUACAACGCUGUUCAGCCUGUUGUUCAGCCUGUUGUCCAGCCUGCGGUUCAGCCAGUUGUCCAGCCUGUUGUUCAGCCAGCUGUUCAGAUUGUUCAACAGCCUGCAUACCAAUACAAUGCACUACAACCUCAGGUUGUGCAGCCAGUGAGUCAGGUGGUGGUGAUGCAAAGUCAUCUCCCAAAAGAUGUUCCUGGACAGAUGAAGUGUCCUCAUUGCCAAACCGAUGUUGUGACUAAAACCGAGUACAAAAUUGGGAUCCUCACCUGGAUAAUUUUUGGCGUAUUACUACUUGUAGGCUGCUGGCCUUGCUAUGUGAUCCCCUUCUUCGUCAAAGAAUGCAAGGAUGUGGAGCAUUCCUGCCCCGCCUGUAACAGCGUAAUCCACAUCCAUAAGGUCCUAUGAAGCAGAACUACAGUUUACCUUCUACUGGACCAACAGCAGCAAGGCAAUAUAUGUUUUACCUGUAUAUGUACUGAACAUACUGAUAAAAGCUAUACAUAUCAGCAAUAAAAGAGCUUUCUUGUUUUCCAGGUGAUUACUUGAAUCAUGUUAAAAAAUAUAAGUUAAUUAUCAGGAUUGUUUUUAUUUGUUUUUUUAAAACUUGUAGUGAGUGGUGUGGUCUUGGUAUGAAAUACCUCAGUGAUGAAGUGAAAUGAAGGAUAAUAUGUAUUAAAUGAACUCUAGGGGACUUUUUUUUUUUUUAAAUAUUCCUACGAGUGAAAUUUGUAUAUUUUUCCACCUAAAGUUAUUAUCUUGAUUUUCUUUUUGAUGACAUAUUGAAUGUUUUUAAUCAAAUUCAUAUUAAUUUAAUAUAAAAAGACAGCAAAACUGAUAACAAUACAACAGAAGAUAACAUGUCAAUAUUGACCAGUGAUCAUAUUUUAGUCUUUUAAAAACACUGGACACUUUUCAUGCAACAUUAACUUUUUAAAAAAAAUAAAUGUAUUGUCACCCAAUAGGUAUUACCUAAAUCACUCAUACAGUUUCUCUUGGCUUAAUUCUGUUUACAUUUAAGUCUUUUUAAUUACAAUAAUAAUUCACU